UUGACAGCUGUUUUGCGCUUAGUUUUAGUUUUGUAGCACAUUAAGUUACUUUGCUUUGUUAAAAAAAAAUAAAAAAAUGCCAAAAGUCCGUCGCAGUCGUAAACCACCACCAGAUGGCUGGGAGCUAAUCGAACCGACGCUAGAGGAACUGGAACAAAAAAUGCGCGAAGCCGAGACCGAACCACAUGAGGGCAAACGCAUUACAGAAUCGCUGUGGCCCAUCUUUAAAAUACACCACCAGAAGACUCGCUACAUCUACGACUUGUUCUACCGCCGCAAGGCCAUCAGCCGCGAGCUGUACGACUACUGUUUGAAGGAGAAGAUUGCCGACUCCAAUUUAAUAGCCAAAUGGAAGAAGUCCGGCUAUGAGAAUCUAUGUUGUCUGCGAUGCAUCCAAACACGCGACACCAACUUUGGCACCAAUUGCAUUUGCCGCGUGCCUAAGUCUAAGCUGGAGGAGGGCCGCAUUGUGGAAUGCGUCCACUGCGGCUGUCGCGGCUGCUCCGGCUAAUCAAUACAAAUAGAUUGUUCUUAAUAUAUAUAGCUUAACGACUUAUAGAAAUAUUUUUGAUUUUAUUAUUAAUCUGUGUUCCACUUGACGAUGCAUCGAGUGAAACUUUAGUUUCUAUGUAAAUACUCUUAAAUUCUGCUCAAGAAUAUAACAAAAAUGUGUUCCUAUGCGACAGAAUCAUAUUGUACAAUGACAGUUGUUUAUCUGCUUUUUAUAAACUUUGCAUAAAUACGUCGUGUAGACACGUUCUAAUUUUAUUGCUAUCAUUUUUAAGAGACUUAAAUGUUCACAAAUAAGCAGGACCAAAAUUCAAUUAAAUAUGGAUGUUUUAUAUUUAUUUAUUUAUUUAAGAAUUGGUCAUUUGUCUAAUGUAAAUUCAAGUUGAAAAGCAGUCCAAACGCACAAGAUUUUUACAAAUUAAGUCUGCAUUAUCUUCUGGUAUCACUAGCAGCUCGUAAAACACAUUUUAUGUAUUCGUAAAGUUAUCCCAAAUUAUACGGGCGCCUGCCAAAUUUGGUGUGUGACUCCCAUAUAUCACACUUGCCAGGUUUUAUGUGCACAAAUGUAAUAAAAGAAGUUAACUAUACGAAUGUGAUAUAUGUAUUACGGCUAAUAAAAGAGCACUCUGUGCUUGGUUUUCAAUCGAA